CGAAAACAUGGCUAGACGGACGUGGCAUAUGUUUACUUUGUUAUCGAUAAUAUUUACCGUUUUAUCACUUGUCGGUGACGCGCUAACAUCAUCAGCGGCACCAUGGUACGAGAACUUACCGGCUGUAACCAUGGACUACAAGGUUCACAUAGACCCCGGCAAGGAAGAUUGCUAUUUCCAGUACGUGCAACCGGGGGCUACUUUCUACGCAAGUUAUCAGGUAUUGAAAGGCGGUGAUGGUAACUGCGGUUUCGCUGUUAGACAUCCUAACGGUCAGAUUGUACACCCGUACGAGUGGCGGCAGAGCGCGGAGUACGCCGACCAGUCUUCCACGGGCGGGUACUACGCUGUGUGCAUUGACAAUCAGUUCUCAAGGUUUGCUGGCAAGCUGGUGAACCUGUACCUCUCUGUGAUCAGAUACGACAUGUGGGAGAAAUACGCCAAGGAGGUCGAGGAACUUGAUAUGAACAUUAAGAACUUUACGAACUCCAUUCAGUUUGUAGAGAGGAAUAUUAAUGACAUACUGCAAUACCAGUAUCAUUCCCGAGCGAGGGAAUCAAAAAAAUACAGACAAUAAUUGCUGGAUAAUAACGCCUAUGUUAUGAGGUGGUCUCUAGUUCAAAUUAUAGCGAUAGCUGCAACUGGCACUCUGCAGGUGUAUUUCCUAAGGAAGCUGUUUGAAGUCAAAAACAACUCAUCAAAGACAAGAAUUUGAUUUUUUAAAUUUAAUAUUAAGAGGAGAGUCUAUUGAAUGUUACUAACUUGACUGAAUCAUUAAUUACAUUUGAGUUGUCCACAAAUAAAGUUAGGUAGCAUUAAAUAUAGAGGGGUAUGUCAAUUUUAUAAAAGCUUUUGCUGCCGCGUUAGUGUAUAAUAUAUCUUAUUUAAAUACUAUUAGAUCUCUUAUUCUUGUUGAUUUUAUAGCUCUAUUUUUUACAAAAUAAAACAUUUUAACGAUUUCGUACACAGCAUAGCAUUUAUAGUUUGUGCUAGAACUCUUCCAGCAAGUAAUAAACGAAGCCAAUAAGGAAAUCAAUUAGUAAAACCAUAAAAAUGUUGGCCAAGUGUUUUAAUUGACUAGAGAAAUUGUUUGAUAUAAGUACAAUUUCCAAAUAAGCGCGUGAAACAUUGUUCACAACAUUUUUAAAAGGCAUAUUUAAUUUAAGUUGACAUCACAUUCACAAAUUGUUGUGUUCAUGAUCCACUUUAGGAUUGGAUUUGAGAUUAUAAUUCUAAGAUCUGAAUGAAAAGACAUAUUUUUGAUAGAGUUUGCAUUUUAUUUAUUCAUUAUGUUUGCUUUUUCCCAUGUCAUGCUUUUUGUAUCGUAGAGAAGUUAGUUGAAGUUAAGCACAAGAUAUACAUAAUUUUAUGACCAACAUAUUGUAACAAACUAUAAUAAUAUAAUAUAGUUAUAUGUCAAAGUUU